AGUCUUCGGUUCGAGCUCAGUCAAGUCGCAAGUCGCAUUAAGAGAAAGAGGCGCAGGCGCAGCAGCUGCAACAACGAAACGCAGACACAGAGAUUUAAUAGAGUCGUUCGUUCGUUCGUUCGUUCUCCGUUCCAAACAGCUCGAGAGUCGCGAGUGCAGUAUUGCUUUUGGAUCAAACUCCAAAAACAAACGACGAAUAUUUGAAUUUAACAUUUGAUUUAGCUGAGAAGACAUGUCAUAAUGGAGCCAAUGACCAUGCUGGUGUUGGCCUUCCAGCUGCUGGCGCUCUUCUCGAUCGCCGGGGCGCUGCUCAUCUAUUUGAUUUGCAAGGUGCGCGAGGACAGUGAGGCGGCCACCGUGGAGGCCCAGCCUAGCCGUGUGGUGCUGGUGACUAGCGCGGAUACGGCCCUGGGGCUGCAGCUGUGCACCCAUCUGGCCAAUAAGGGAUGCCGCGUGUUUGCCGGCAUGAAGGAGGCCCACGAUUCGCUGCCCGCCAAGCUCCUCUGUGGCUGGAUGAAGAUUCGGGAGUACAGCGAGGAGCCCAUUGCCGGCACCAUCAUUCCAAUGCGCCUGGAUGUGACCAGAGAGGAUGUGCUGCGCGAGGCCACCGUGGCCAUGGGCGCCCAUCUGAAUGCUGACGAGCGCGGCAUUGCCGCCGUGAUCAACACCAGUGGCAGUGUGUUCCGGGGCCGCGUGGAGUCGCAGGACGUGCAGCAGUGGGAGCACAUGCUGAAGACCAACAUCCUGGGCACGCUGCGUGUGGCCAAGGCCUUUGUUGGCUUUCUCCGACCCACGCGCGGUCGCCUCCUCUAUUUGGGCGGUGCCGGUGGCACGCGGACGGGCUCAGCGCUGACGGGCGGCGAGGGUUUGGUGGCCUUCAAUGCAUCCCGCGUAGCCGUGGACAAGUGCGCCGAGGAGCUGCGCAAGGAGCUGCAGCCGUACGGUGUCAGUGUGGUGGCCCUCGACACCUGCGGCAUGACAGCCGAGUCCCUAUACAAGGCCCCCGUGGCGCAGACCAUGUCGGCGAGUGCCGGAGCACCCACUCAAUAUACGGCGGACGUUCUGAGUCCCAGUGCCCUGCAGGUGAUCGAGCGGGCACUGUGGGACUUUGCACCGCAGGAGCGUUACACGCUGCUCAGCCACAACAAGUACCAAUUCACGUUGCCAUGCCGCUCCUCGUUGCGUCUACAGCGGCCGGCUGCAAUCGAAUCUGCGACGCAAUCUGUUUAAAUGUUGCACACCGAUUCGUUCUUCUUCAGAGCGUAGCUGCCUCCUCCUGUACAUACGUAUCCCCCGCUGCAGUAACCUCUUCUGCUUCCGCUCCUGCUCCUGCUGUCGUCUAACAACGCUAACAAUUAUGUUUUUUGUUUAAUUGAUAUUUUCUUCCUUUGGGAAGGCUUUUUAUACAUAUUAUAUUUUAUAUUUUAUACUCGUUUAUGCAUACAAUCUGACGGUGCGCAAGAAACAAACAAAAUGACAACAAAAAGCACUGACAACGAUGCGCGCGAGUUGAAAAAUAAAUCUUUGUGCUAAUCUAAAACA